ACUUGUACAAGUUGUGAGGUUCAUCUUACUUCCUGUUAAGCAAGCAAGGCAAAAAGAAAUAGACCGCCCUUUGUUGAAUGAACUAGUUUUCAAGUGCCAUGUCAGCUUCAAAGUGUUCAGACUCAGCUUUCACAAUUAUUUCAACUCCAGCGACUCCUCUAAGAACAGUUACAUGUAGCUGUAGCCAGUUUUGAAACAAUAUGACAACAGAAGUGAAUGGCUGGCCGUACUUCAUCUUACAGAAACUGCCACUGCAAGAAGCAUCCAUUUACAUCAUAAGGUGACAUUCCAGUGCCUGCCUUAAAAUAUCACACUUUUUUCAGCUUGCUCUAAGCCAGAAAAAAUGGAAGUUGGUCCUGAAAACAAAAGGUCACCAACUGCAAAUUACGAGUAUAAAGUGGAGCAACGUGCCAUAAAGCACAGAGAAAUCAGCCAUCGGAAUAACACAACAUCAUGUCGCAGUCCCACCAGAGAUCUGGACACCAGGCAGAUGAAAAAUGAACUGCAUCGCAAAAGACAGUCUGAGUUCUUUAAAAGAAGACCUGUGGACCAUGGCACAUACUUACUGUUAUCUCCAGUGCCAAGGCGCAGAUACCCAAUGGAAACCCUGCAUGCAACACAGCAUAUGACGCACACCUUAACGUCAAUCAGACGCCCCUUGAUAACAAGUCAAAAUGUAAAGCUCCAGAGAGAUGGCAUAACCUUGGCAAAGCAGGUCUCCACAUCUUCAAAGAAUGAGGAAAAUGAGCUGAAAUCAGAUGUAUGGGAAAUUCCGAGCCUCAGUUCUGUUCAGCUUCGGGGAAAAGUGAAAAAGGAGCGAGUUCUCCUUAAAGACAUUACUCAGCUCUCAAACAACCAGAAGACAUUACAGAUGGCCAGCAUUCAGACUGAGUCUGGAUUUGUUACUGUCAAAGAAGCGGACGUUAACCAGUUGACGGACUACUUGGAGGAGGCCUUACAAAGAGAAGAAGCUCUUAAAAAGAAGCUUUCCAACCUCCAGAAGAGUGCCGUUACAUUACUGCACUCUACAGAGCUCCUCUGGAAGACACGCUGUGAUGAGGACGUGUUGAAGAGUAAGAUCAAAGCUCUUGAGGCUCAACUGCAGGUUUGCAUCAAGAAGGUUCCUCAGGAUGGAGUGAAAAGGAUAGUGCUGAAGAUGGAAAAACAGAGGGAGGAGUAUGAACAAAAGGCUCUGAAGGCUAUUUAUAAGGCAGAGAAUGAGAAGGCGGAAGCUCAGAGCAGGUCGGAGUACCUCCAGGGGGCGCUGCAGACAUCACAGUCAGAGUCUCAGCACUGGCAAAGGCUGUGUGAGGAGCUGAGAGAGAGCUCCAGUCAGAUGAAGAAGAGACAAGAUGAGAGCACUGAUCAGAUGCUACAGCUGCAGGGCCACUUAGAGCGUUCUGUGGGCCAGGAGGAGAUGCUGAGGAAACAGAGCGAGUCUCUUGAGCAGGAGCGAGUAGAGCUUCAUUCCUGCAUCUCAGAGCUGCAGGAGGAAAACCUCACCCUGAGAGAAAAUCUACAGGAGCUCACAGGAAGCAACCAUGAGUGGUGGAACAGUAGCACAGAAACACAUGAAGAAGUUUCAGUAUUGGACCAGCUCCUGAGAACAGAUAACAGCCCAGCAAGACAUCUGAGAGAUGCAGAACACAGACUCAGAGCCAAAGAAAAAGAGUGUAUGGAGCUGCAGGCGGACCUUGAGGCUUUAGAGCAGGAGUGUUACAGCUAUCAAUCCAGACUGACCCAAUGUAGAGAAGAAAUGAACACAAUGACCACACGCCAAAAGAAGAGCAGGAGUGGAUGUUGUAGGUCGUGGCUGUGUAUGUGUGUGCUCUUACUGGUCCUGAUGGGGAUGGUGUUGGCGGUGCUGUGGUUUUAUCAUCCACCUGUCAGAGAGCAGCUCCGUCAUCUUUACUCUGAGCUGGAGGAGUGUUUGGAGGACUACCUCAUACUGACAGCAUCCGCUCGCAAUAGAUUCUGCUUUAGACCUGUGUGACAACAGCAAAACCAAGAGGCUAAUAGAGAUUCCUUGUGCAUAUUUAUAUUUUAUUGUUAUUAUUUUAUGUUUCUAAUGGAUUUUGUACAAGUAUUUUUGUCAAGACACAUUUUUUUUAAUUACUUAAAUUACUUCUUUGUAUUAGUAGCCAAGUAUUAGUAUUAAUGGAAGCUCAUUUCAGCCACAGGGUUAAAAAAAAAGGUAAUUGUGACCCUUUAUUGCAGUUUUUAGGCUCUAUUUUAACAAAUCUAGGUGCAAAGUCUAAAGUGCAUGGCGCAAAAGCAUUAGGAGUGCGUCUUAAUCCACUUUAGCUAUUUUAAGGAUAAAAAAAUACGCUUUUCGCCGCAGCGCAUGGUCUAACAGGGUUGUGCUUAUACUCUUAAUGAGUUAUGGUUGUGUUUUGAUCAUAACGUGCAUUAAACUAAUAAGAGUUCCAUCUCCCUUUCGCUUUAAGAGUCAGUUGCGUCGUGCCAUGGCGCAUUUGGAAAAACUGAAUGCUUUACCAGCGAGAAAACUGUUAAACAGACCUCUUUACUUUCCUUUUACUUUUCUUCUUUACUUUUUUACAUUCGUGGAUAAGGAAACAGUGUCGUACGCACUCCACUGAAGACAUCCAUUAGCCUACAUAUUUACUUUCAUUUGUUUAGCGCAAGGAUUUGUUUCAAAACUAUUUCUAAAUUCAGUUCUAAAUUUUCAGCAAACAAAUAAAUGAACAAUAAUAACAAAA